GGCCAGCACCCUCCCUCCCUCCAGCCCGGCGGGGCGCUGGCCCUCACGCCGCCUUCCAGUACCGUCUAUUUAUAUCUCUGGGCCCACACAGGCCCUUAUUGGGCAGUGCGGCCCCUCACACCGUCCCGUCCGGUGCACUCCCAGCUCGGAGCGUCCGGCGACGUCCAGGCCAGGUCGCGGCGCCACCACGGGCGGCCCCUGCCAGGGCAGCAGCUCCGAAUCCCUGGAAUUCAGGAAUCCCUAGCUCCUCAGGAAUUAAAGCCGAAGUCAAAGGACCCUUAGAACCUGGGAGAGUGUCAUGGAGCACACGACCGAGGACAAGGACAGACAGCGGCACAGCCUGACCUUGCUGAGCAGGCUGAAGAGCAUGCGCGACUCGGCAGAGAUGGUGGACGUGGUGCUGGUGGCGGAAGAGGAGCGCUUCCCCUGCCACCGCGUGGUCCUGGCCGCCUUCAGCCCCUACUUCAAGGCCAUGUUCUCCUGCGGGCUGCUCGAGUGCGCGCAGGGGGAGGUGGCCCUGCACGACGUCCCGGCCCAGGGCGUGGCCGCGGUGCUGGGCUACAUGUACAGCGCCACCCUGGACCUCAGCCCCGCCAACGUGCAGGCCGUGGCCACGGUGGCCCGCUUCCUGCAGGUGGAGGACCUGUUCGACGUCUGCCAGCGGUACAUGGCGGAGCACAUGGACGCCGCCAACUGCGUGGGCAUCUACCACUUCGCCAAGCUGAUGGGCGCCGAGGACCUGCACGAUCGCUCCAGGAGGUUCCUGCACCAGCACUUCGCCGAGGUCAGCCUCCACGAGGAGAUCCUGGAGGUCGACCUGCACCACCUCCUGGCCCUGGUGCAGUCGGACGAGCUCAACGUGACCCGGGAGGAGGGCAUCCUGGACCUGGUCCUGCGCUGGGUCGGCCGGGACCAGGGGGCGCGCGCCCCGCACCUGGCCCAGCUCCUGCAGCAGGUGCGCCUGGAGCUCGUGGCCCCGGCCUUCCUGAGGGAGGCCCUGCGCAGGAACACCCUGCUCCUCAGCGACGCCGGCUGCAUCGACCUCCUCCAGGGCGCCUUCAAGGCCCUCCGCUCGCCCCGCCAGCGCGCCCCGCACCUGCGCUACGGCAUGGAGACCACCAGCCUCCUGCUCUGCAUCGGCAACAACGCCUCGGGGAUCCGCUCGCGACACAGGAACUACGGGGACGCGAGUUUCUGUUACGACCCCGUGGCCAGGAAGACCUACUUCAUCUCGUCUCCCAAAUACGGGGAGGGUUUGGGGACCGUGUGCGCUGGCGUGGUCCUGGCAGACAACACCCUGAUCGUGGCUGGGGAGGCCACACCCUCCAGGCUCUCGAGACAAAGGAGUAAGAACGUGGAAAUCUACAGGUACCAUGACGGAGGGAACCAGUGUUGGGAGAAGCUGUCCUCCACCGAAUUCCGGGAGCUCUAUGCUCUGGGCAGCGUCCACAAGGACCUCUAUGUCGUAGGAGGACAGAUGAAAGUCAAAAACCAGUACCUCGUCACCAACUGUGUGGACAGGUACUCCGUCGAGCGCGACACCUGGAAGAGAGUGUCCCCCCUCCCGCUGCAGCUGGCCUGCCACGCCGUGGUGACCGUGAAGGAGCAGCUCUAUGUGAUGGGGGGCUGGACCCCGCAGAUGGAUCGCCCCGACGAGGAGCCUGAUCGGUUGAGCAACAAGCUCCUGCAGUACGACCCCGGCCAGGAUCGAUGGCGGGAGCGGGCGCCCAUGCAGUACGCCAAGUACCGCUUCAGCGCGGCCGUCCUCAACGGGGAGAUCUAUGUGCUGGCCUCCGGAGCUGCUGGGGUUGCAGGUGGGCCCCUCCAGGCACGGCCUUUUUUCUCAUGUCCUGAACACGCCUGGUCUCGCACACAUCAGCCCAUCUCAGACCCGCGGGGACAGGUAAGAGACCCGAGGGCCACAGACGGGGUGAGCCCAGUUCCAGCACGUUCUCCUGAGGCCCGUUCUUCCCUCCUCCCCCCUCGUUUGUUGAGUUCUGCGCCCUGAGCGCCUUCCUGCUCCCUAAGGUCACCCCGUCACCUCCCUCCUCCCUGCGCGUGGGAGACAGGAAGGACGCCGGCUGCGCUGGUGCAGGGGGACUGUGCCCUUCGUUCUUGGGUCCCAUCUGCAGUGAGGGACAAAGGGCACACACCUGGGGAAGGGGACGGGUCGCCGCGGUGACAGGAGGAGACAGGAGGGAACAGCACGCCUGUGAGCAGAAGUGAGACGUCUUCAGCUCAGGGGUGACGUCGUCCUUGUCUGCCGGUCCUGGAGGGAAGCAGGACUCGUGGCCGAGUGUUAAUAAGGGUUUUAUUUAAGGACAAGGCGCGGUGCAGUGUCACUUGUGACGGCCUCGGUGACAGGGCUCACUCGAGUGAAGCUUUUCCUCUGGGUAGACAUCCUGUGCUUUGUCAGGACUACGUGCCACGUCACAGGCCCAGAGGAGAUGGCACCUGAGCUGAGAGACAGGGACCCAGCUCAGGGCCGGGAGCAGCUGACCCCGAGUCCUGGAGGAAUGGGGCUCGGAGCUGGUUCAGACAAAGAAGCAAGAGCAGAGGAAGCAGAUGAGCCCUCAGGGACCCGGAGUCGAGAGCACGAGUGUAGGUACAGGGAGCCAGGUGACAGGCUGUGAGUAAGGAAUUAAGAAACUCAGCUGGGCACAGUCACACACACCUGUCAUCCCAGCGGCUCUGGAGGCUGAGGCAGGAGGAUCGUAAGUUGGAGGCCAGCCUCAGCCACUUAGCCAGGCCCUGAGGAAGUCAGCAAGACCCUGUCUCUCAAUCAAACACAGAAUGGGGCUGGGGACAGGGCUCCGUGGUCAAGGGCCCCUGAGUUCAAUCGCUAGUGCUCUCCCCACCCCAAACUGGAAUGUCUGUCUGCCUGGGAGUUAUUAAGGUUAAUAACGGAUGAACGAUCCCUGCAGCCCAAGCACGCGGCCUCAUAACUGCUGCUGUGGGCGACUUUAUGCCGUAGGCACUUUGUUGAAUUCUUUGCAUAAACAGUUUCCUUUAAUGGUCAUAAAAAUGGACCAAGUAUUCACUCUCCUCUGUGUGGCUGGUAGAUAUCCAGGCCGAGCCUCCAUCGGAGAAUAUCUAACAAUGUUCCAUGAAGCACUUUUUAAGCUUCUGAAAUCUAUGGUGCCAGUAAGCAUUUAGCUAGCAAAAAGAUAAGCGAGACCAAGAGACUUCCAGCUACAAAGUAAAAAUGCCACCAUUCUCUCCCCUGGAAGAGGAUUUGGAAGGAGACACAUUGUCAAAAAGAACCGUUUCAGAUCUAGAAAUCAAUCAGAAGUUGGGUGGGGUGGCGCACGUCUGUCGUCCCAGCAGUUCAGGAGGCUGAGGCAGGAGGAUCGCAAGGUGGAGGCCAGCCUCAGACACUUAGCAAGGCCCUGAGCAACUCAGUGAGACCCUGUCUCUAAAUGUAAUAUUAAAAGGUUGGGGUUCCAUGGUUAAGAUCCUGGGUUCAAUCCUUGGUACCCUCCAAAAUUAAUUAAUUGAUAAAAAUGCCAUCUCACUGAGGGACUGCAAGACACCAGAGCGUCUGUCAGACCUCAAGUCUAGGGCUGGGCUGGGGCUCAGUGGCAGAGCGCUUGUCUAGCACGUGGGAGGCCCUGGGUCAGAUCCUCAGCACCAGAGGAAAAUAAACCUAAAAAGAGAAAGGUACUGUGUCCAACUCCAACUAAAAAUAAAUGUUAACAACAAAAAACCCUGCAAGUCUAAACUGCAGUGUCUCCCAGAGCACCAGAACUUCUGCAGGUGGGACACCUGGUUGGCAGGUGGGACAUCUGGCUGGUGUCCCUGGGGUCCACUCUGAAGAGCCGUGUCCCUGUGUCAGGGUGUGUGACAAGUCAGCUUGCCCUAUGUCUCCCAUGUCUGAGAGCAGCAGGGAAACUUGACUUGACACAGGAUUACUGAGGUGCAAGACUCGCACGUCCCUGAAAAGCGAUGACCAUCCACGCGGCCACGAGUGGGGCUCCACUGAGCCUCACACACCCGAGCCCCCCACAGCAGCCCUUUCCAUCUGUAGGGUGGCGCACGCUGCUGGUGCCCUGGGUGCCUAUAACAGGAAAUCAGUUCCCUUCCUUCUGGAGCCAUGUGUCUUUAUCCCAGACCUCAAAAAGUCCCCACAGGUAACUUCCCAAGGAACAGAAAACAUCCCGCAGCUAAAGGGACAAGCACCUUGAGCAAUAGCCCGUGGAAUAACGUUUGAUAGAAACAGAGAACCAGGAGGCCACGCGUAUUGGAGCCAUCCGACAAGUGGUGUCAAAUAGCUGUAUUCCUUUUAAAGAAAUAAAAGAUGGCCAAGUGGCACGAAGAAACAGAAAACCACACCGAGUGGUCAGUAGUAUUUGGGACGCUGGAUGGAGUGGCGCAGCCUGUCACCCCAGCAGCUCUGGAGGCUGAGGCCGGAGGAUCGCAAGGUGGAGGCCAGCCUCAGC